UGAAGCAGCACCGCGACAGUGUUUACAGUAGGCCUUCAGGGCUUACAGGUUUUCAUCUUUGUUUUUGACAGUGUUCAACUGCGAAGGGCUUGCACAGGGGCUAACGCUCUGCCUGCAGACUGAGCGGGAUCUCGCGAGAGCGGUGGCGUGGCUGCUUGGCAGUAGGCUUGCAGUAAGACAGAGGGAGAAGGCAGGCAGCAUCAUGGCGGACAGAGACAGUGGAAGUGAGCAGGGAGGAGCAGCCACGGGCCCGGGUGUCGGUUCCAUGCACCCAGUGACAGGAGGGGCGGGCUCGGCUUCCGGGCUGCAGCACGAGACGCAGGAGCUCGCUUCGAAGCGGGUUGACAUCCAGAACAAGCGCUUCUAUCUAGACGUAAAGCAGAACGCGAAAGGCCGCUUCUUGAAGAUAGCAGAAGUCGGGGCCGGGGGAAACAAGAGCCGCCUCACUCUCUCCAUGUCUGUGGCUGUCGAGUUCCGCGACUACCUGGGAGACUUCAUCGAGCACUAUGCCCAGUUAGGGCCGAGCAAUCCGGACGUGGCGCAGGACGAGCCGCGGCGGGCGCUGAAGAGUGAGUUUCUGGUCCGGGAGAAUCGGAAGUACUACAUGGAUCUGAAGGAGAACCAGAGGGGCCGCUUUCUGAGGAUCAGGCAGACCGUCAACCGGGGGCCCGGUUUGGGAUCCACGCAAGGCCAGACCAUCGCUCUUCCAGCCCAGGGACUUAUCGAGUUUCGCGACGCUCUUGCCAAACUCAUCGACGACUACGGAGUGGAGGACGAGCCGGCGGAACUGCCCGAGGGAACCUCGUUAACUGUGGACAACAAGCGCUUUUUCUUUGACGUGGGCUCCAAUAAGUACGGGGUGUUCAUGAGGGUAAGCGAGGUCAAGCCCACCUAUCGCAACUCUAUCACAGUGCCCUACAAAGUGUGGUCGAAAUUCGGCAGCACUUUCUGUAAAUACGCAGACGAAAUGAAAAAGAUUCAAGAGAAACAGCGGGAAAAAAGGGCAUGCGAGCUUCAGCAGCAGCAGCAAGAGGAGAUGCACGGCGACGACGGGGACGAGGAUUGAUAGUAGAGGGAAACAUGCAAAAAAAUAAUCCGAAUAACCUAAAGAGAAAUUAUACGUACUUUGCUGUAAAAAAGAAAAGAAAAGAAAAGAAAAAAAGAUACAGAAAGAUACAUAAAAGAUAAGUAACUGUUUAACUCCAAGGGAGCACUACCCACAAAAAUACAAACCUCCACAGACUGACAGUAAACCCAUCGCUGGAUGACAUCCACUUACCCACCAUUAAUACCAGUAAGCGGCUGCUAAACCAAGUAAUAACAUUAUAUAUGAACUGUGUUUCUUACUUGACGACAACAGAACUGAGUGUUUCUUUCCCUUAUUAACCGAGAACUUUUUUACACGUUCCAAGAUAUUCUAGAAGUGUUUGCAAUGGAGUUAUUGCCGAGAUUACGAGGAAACGGUUCCUUUAUGCUAAUGACUUCAGCACAAAUCAGAUGUUUUAGUUUUGUUUUUGUUUUUAAUCCAAAUUUUGAAGAGGUUGUCGUGGUAGCCAUGCUACUACUACUAGAUAUUCCAAGCAUCACCUGAGGGCUAGCUAUAGGAACCCUGAUGGGGGGGAAGAACACAAAAAAGAAAUCAACCUGUUGAUUGAUAAGAGGUACAGAGGUCAGCGGAGAGGUCGCUGUGUGCAGGAGGUGCCAGUUGACCUCUUCGCAAACAUUCUGAGGAGUAUUACCAGUGUAUUUUUUUAAUUGAAGUUAUUGUCAUGCAGAUGAUAUGCUAUGUAUUUGUGUCUCGUUGUCAUGCAGUGUAUAAAAAAGGUACUCCACAAGUAAGAGCAAUGACAACGGAAGAGAAAGAGCUCUCAAACAUUUUUGUAACCGAAACCAGACCCCUCGAUACAAAGAAUCGUAUGAAAAUGCUCAUGUAGAAAAACAUACAAAGUAUGAUUUUGUGAAUCAGAUAUAUUUCAAUGGAGAAGAAAACAACCCACGUUUUUAGUGGGGAUUUGACAAACAAUCUGUUAAAGGGUUUAAAUAUAUAAAUAUAUAUAUAUAUAUAGAAAUAUAUAUUAGUCUACCAAUGAGAGGAUGAGUGGCGCCAAGGAAUGCUGUAGUUGCAUGUUAACCUGUACACGGCCACAUUGAGGUGGAUUUCUCAAUGUUCGUCCUCAAGGACUCUUUUCUGUAAUGGUUUCAACGUCCAUAAAGUCAGUACCGUUUGGUCAGGUAGUUGAAUUAAUACUCGUUUUUCUUUCAAAGAAUGAGUCGUGUACAUAAGAUAAUAUAUCAGCGCUUGUUUGAUCAGACGUCGAGCCCUUUUUUCCAUGGGGGCCCUUGAGGACUUGUGUUGGGAGACCCUGACUUUAAUGAAACUUGUUGGGGAGCAUACUCUUCAGCAUUAAACAACCUGGUGCCUUACAGACUCCGCAUGCUUAUACACUGGUUGGUGCUUCGUUUGGGUUCCCCCACCCACCCACCCCCUCCCUCUUUUUUCUUUUUUGGUCUGGUUUUGUUUGGCCCUGGCCCUCCUGUAUGCUAUUGCAUAACUCAUGGUCUUUUCGGUUGAGAAGCGAAUCAUUAUUUGCAGGUUCUGAUCACAACGUGCGACUCCGAAACCGCCUAGGCGUUUUUCCCCACCUUGACAAAAGCCCUUAGUUUUUUUCAAAUGCUUUGUGCCAGGCAAAAUGUUUAGCGGCUCUCAACAAACUCUUUUGUUGUGAGGUACACUUUCCGUAGUUUGGCAGUAAUGUGUCUUUGUCACAGACCGAAAGCCUAGUGUAGGGGUGUGGCCAGGAUUUUUUCCCCCCCAACUUUUCAGUGUUGCUUCACGUAAUUUGUCAUUUUGGAAACUUCUUUUUUUUUUCCUCUUCCCAGUGCUAUAUUUCAUUACUGUGUGCAAUAUUGAACGUGCCAAUGUUGGCAAUAUAUGUAUAUCAAUUAAAUAUAUGAUUAAUAUUUGAAAAGCAUGUGGCUGAAUUCCACGUUUAUUUCAAAGGUCUUUAUUUCUUUAAAGCCUUUAUCUGCACUUAAAGAAGGUCUGUAUCUGGAAAAGAAACCAUUCUCGAUGAACAAGCUUCACCCAGGUGAAGUGAACACAUAGCAGUUAUAUAUCCUGUCUGCACUUUUUGUGAACGUUCAUGUCAUAAUUGCCACCCCGUUUCAUCUCUGUUCCUCUUGACUUGGAAGGGCUGGGGGUUACAGGAAUGGUCACGUGAAACAAUGGGGGCGUGAAGGCCUUUGGGUUAGGGGCAAUGAAUAUGUAUCCUUAAUUUCCCUUCAAAUACAUACAUGGGAUGAUUCUAAUGAUGAAGGUGUGUGAUGACCUCUUCUGUCUUCAGUAGCACAUUGCUUUCCCAGCUGGAGAAAAAUGUUUGACCAAUGUUUGUUUGAAACUUAUCUCAACAAGGAAUGCCUUGUGACGUUAUUUUUCUCUUUCUUUAUCUCUUAACUUAUGUUCCUUCCCUUUGCAAAGAGGUUCACCGAAUUACUCAUUCGGCGUUUAUGAGUCAAAUAUAAUUUAUGUACAUUUUACAAAAUUAAAAAAAAAAUAAAAAGAAAUGUUAAUUUACCCACCUCUCACGAAACGAAUGUUCAAUACCAA